AUGCUUCAAAACUUAGAAGUAUCAUGCUACUGUGGGACCAAACUAAGCGUUCAAAAAGGGCUGAAACAUAUGAUGGGCUGCAGUGCAUGAAAAAAAAAAUCGUCUCUAUAUCGGGCUGCUGAAAAACAAGUAAAAGAAACUGGCAGCAUCUCACUUUUAAGGCUGGAAUGCGAAGCUUUAAUGUAUGCAGAAUUUGACUUGUCUGCAAGCCCUUUGUCUCCAAAAAAAGUUGAAAAUUCUUUCCCUGAGCCAAUACUGCCCCCAGAGCUUCCGAGAAUAAAGAACCCAUUAGAAAUAAAACCCAAUAAUUCAGAUUUGAUACAAAUUCCGACAAGAAAAAAACAAGAAAUCCCUGCUAUCAUCCCGAAUUUCCCAGCUCCAAUAGAGCCAGUCAAAAAAAGGAAUCAACCUACAUCAGAAGAAGAAAGUUUAAAGCUGAUUAUGGCUUUACAAAGAGAACAGGAAGAAGAAAAGCAUCAGCAGACUAAGGACGAACUUAUGUGUGAAAUCUGCAGAAAAGUGUGGCCUGAUAUGACAAAAAUGUUCUUUCCUGAAUGCUGCCAUAUGAUGUGUAAAGACCACAUCAUACAAACAAUUGUACUCUCUCCCUUGAUUUUUUUUUAUUUAUUAUUUUUAAAAUAAAUUUUUAUUAUAUAAUUUAUAGGGAAAGUUAGCUAGAUACCCUACAAAUACUAAAAUUUCAUGCCCUAAAGAAGGCUGUGAAUAUGUGUUGUGUAACGAAGAAUUAGAAGACUUAAUAGGGAAAAAAGAAUUAGAAGAGCUAGGAAACAAUUCUUUAAAAGAAUUCAUAGGCGAAGACGCUAUCAUAGUAGAAUGCAUCUGUGGGGUUUCUUCGAUAGUAGACCCAGGAAUUGUAGAUUAUACCUAUAAAGAUGAAAAUGGAGCUGGCAUAUCUAGAGAAGCUGCAGAACACAUGGCAAAAUACCGAUUCCGCUGUGCAGCUUGCAACCGCGUUAUUUGUGCAAAAUGCAAAGUCGAGCCUUAUCAUCUUGGAAAAACCUGUGAAGAGCACCAAAAUUUCAAAAAAUCCAAACAUUGCCGAUACUGUCAAAAAGUUGUGCAUUCUUCUAGGCCAGUCUGCAAAGACCCAGUAUGCAGAGCCCGCUACAGAACGGCUUGUCGCAAAGUCCAUUCCUGUGGACAUCAGUGCUUUGGGGUAAAACAUGAAGCUGAAUGCCUUCCUUGUAUUGCUGAUGGCUGUGGUAGCAUUGCUAAUGAGAACGAUUAUUGUACAAUUUGUUAUACAGAAGGACUCGGAGCUGCUCCUUGUGUCCAGCUAGAAUGUGGCCACGUUCUUCAUUAUCAUUGUGUCCUAACUUCAUUAGAAAAACGAUGGGUAGGACCAAGAAUUACUUUUAAUUUCGCGAAAUGCCCAUCUUGUAAAACCUGGGCAAAUGCCCCAAAUAAUGAAAAAAUCUCUAUCAAAAUGGCAGAAAUUAUUGAUUUAUAUAAUGAUAUUGUAGGAAAAGCUGUAAAAAGGCUGAAAUUUGAAGGUAUGGAAAAAGAUGCAAGGCUGACGAACCCAGAAGACCAUUAUUAUAAGCAGCCAGAAAAAUACGCGAUGGACAGGUUUGCGUAUUAUGAGUGUUUUAAAUGCAAGAAGCCGUAUUUUGGAGGUAAAAAAGAAUGUGAGCAGAAUAUGGAUAGAGGAAAUUAUGAGGCUUCUGAGCUUGUAUGUCCUGGAUGUGCUGCUGUAGGAUUGGAAGGACAGAACUGUAGCAUGCAUGGACUGGAAUUUAUUGAAUUUAAAUGCAAAUUCUGCUGUAAUAUUGCAGCGUGGUUCUGCUGGGGGAAUACUCAUUUUUGUGAUUCGUGCCAUACUCAGCAAAAUGAAGGGAAUUAUCUGACCAAAAAGAAAAGAGAAGAACUCCCGAAAUGCCCAGGACCAAGCCUAUGUCCGCUGAAAAUUAGACACCCUGCUAAUGGAGAAGAGUUUGCAUUGGGGUGCUCCAUUUGUAGGAAUCUCAGAGCAAAUGAGCUUGGAUUUUAG